CCACUUCCCGGGGCCACCUUGGAGACUGUCUCCCCAUAAGUUCCUAAGGUUCUCUCUCUCUCCAUCAUGAGAUGAAGAGCCAUCCAUAUCAACCCUCACCCUCAAUUCUCACGUCAACCCUAUAACUUACUAUACAAACAUCCUCCAUAACCAAACCCUCCAAACCGUCUCUUCAGCACAACUCCACCACCUCCUAGAUAUCACCAGAAGAUGUGCGGCCCCACCCGCCCCAGCACCGGCAACCUCAUCGCCAUCAUCUUCCCCUCCCCCGAAAAGUCCUCCUCCUACUCCCUGACCUUCAGCCACGACACGCGCACUCCCGACGGCCCGACGAGGGCGAUCUUCCGAUUCCCCGAUCCCAAGGUCCGGGAUAUCUUUGCCGCUGCCCGGGGGGUGGACUUGCGGAUCGAGAAAUAUGGGGAUUUGACUGCCUCUACGGGUGGGGGUGUUGAGCCGCCGUUGCAUUGGUUUCGGGUUGGAUUUGGUGGGAUCCAGUCAUUACAGGAGCAGCAGCAGCAGGUGAUUGAGGUGGUGUUGCCGGAGAGGUUGGAGCUGGGGGUGUCGGGGACGGGGAUUGUUGGGCGCGAGGUGAGGGUGGCGGUGGAUGGGGUGGAUGCCAUGGUUGAGAUGGGGAGGGGGGUCGUUGGGUUUGAUUAA